CUUAGGGGAGUUUAAGCGACAGCAACGUCUCCGAGUACUCGUGAAAAUGAUCUGGGGACUGCUUGUCAGAAGGUACAAGGAUAUCGUGAAAAUUCUGAUUAUUCUUUACGUGGCGUACAGGAUAUUUAAUUUGAAGGAGGAUCCUACCAAGCGAAACGCUUCUCUCUCGGGUUGGGGCCGUGAAACGCCUAGGAGUAUAGCUGAUUACCUGGAUCCAGCCAAGGAUACGGCUUUAAUUGUCCCGCGAGAGUUUUGCCGAAGUAAGGCCUUUCUGACCAUCGCAGUCAGCUCCUUCGUCCAUCACUUUGAACGGCGACGUGCCAUCCGUAUGCUUUGGGGCAACUCCACAGACUUCAACUACUCGUCCUUCGUUCGGCUCCAUGGCUACAACAAGGGGCAAUACCUAGACGUGCUCCCCGAGCGCCUGAAACUGUACGCCGAGUAUCUGAGUGGCGAAGGAGACUCCCUGAAGGCCUCCAUUCGAAUCGUUUUCAUUUUGGGCCGCAGAAACUGGGACUCUUUGCUUGAAAACGAGGCUGUUGCUUCCGAGGCGGAAAAGUAUAAUGAUAUCAUCCAGGAGAACUUCAUGGACACCUACAAUAAUCUGACCAUCAAGACGGUGAUGGCUUUGAAGCACAUCAGCCAGAGUUGUGUAAACUCGACGGCGUUUUACUUUAAGUGCGACGACGACACCUUCGUAAACAUACCGAAUGUGUUGCACUUUCUGCUCGGAGGAACGAUUCCAUUGAACAAGGACACUGUGGGCUUCCAUUACCGCAACACCUACCAGGUCACCUCUCCACGGAAACGACUGACGGCCCGCAGAGAGGUGAUGUACGGACGCCAGUACUGCAACGUCCCGCCGAUCACCAAUAAGCUCAACAAAUGGUACAUGCCAUCGUAUAUGUUCAGGGGCGGAGUGUACCCGCCAUACCUGUGCGGAUCCGGCUACGUGACGUCCAUCGAUGUGGUGCCUCGUCUGUACAAGGCCGCGCUGGCCACCAGGAUGGUGCACCUGGAGGACCUGUUCAUCACUGGAUUGUGUGCCGAGAAGGCUGGGAUCAAGCGGACGAACCACCCGCUCUUUAGGUCCAGCUACCCGUUUAAGGAGGAGGAGCAGUGCACCCUCAAGGGAUGCUUCACCGCUCACCGUGCCAAGGAUUAUAUGAUGUGGGACGCCUGGUACCAAGUCACCAACUACAGCAGCAAAUGCCCUCCGCCAGAAAAGGGCUUCCAGACGAGUCUGCUUAAGAAGCAAAGGUGUUAA